GUAUUCUGACAGACCGGUGUCGUACGUUUUUGCAGAAUCACCAUGGCGUCUGUGUUGAAAGAGACUGCGGGGUUGUAUGAAACGCUGAAAGCCGAGUGGAAUAAAAAGAAUCCAAAUCUUAAUAAAUGUGGAGAGAUCCUGAGCAAGUUAAAGAUAUCCCUGUUGGAAUUGAACUUUCUACCAACUACUGGGACCAAACUAACCAAACAGCAACUUAUCCUUGCCAGAGAUGUUUUGGAGAUCGGAGCACUAUGGAGCAUCCUGAAGAAAGACAUCCCCUCCUUUGAACGCUACAUGGCUCAGCUCAAGUGUUAUUACUUUGAUUACAAGGAGGAGUUGCCCGAGUCGGCCUACAGGCACCAGUUACUGGGUCUCAACUUGCUCUUCCUGCUCUCUCAGAACAGAGUGUCUGAGUUCCACACAGAGCUGGAGAGAUUGAGUGCAAAAGACAUCCAGACCAAUGUCUACAUCAGACACCCAGUUUCAUUAGAGCAGUAUCUGAUGGAAGGCAGUUACAACAAGGUCUUCCUUGCCAAAGGAAACAUCCCUGCUGAGAGCUACAACUUCUUCAUUGACAUUCUUCUUGAUACCAUUCGAGAUGAGAUUGCAGGUUGUAUAGAGAAAGCAUAUGAACAGAUUCAGUUCAAUGAGGCCACGCGGGUGCUUUUCUUUUCCUCUCCAAAAAAGAUGACUGAAUAUGCAAAGAAAAGAGGAUGGACCCAGAGUCCUGAUGGAUACUACUCAUUCAGUACCCAGCACCAAAAGACAGAGGAAGUGAACAUCCCCUCCACAGAACUGGCCCAACAAGUCAUCGAGUAUGCAAGGCAGCUGGAAAUGAUUGUGUAGUGUGGAUGUAGACACAUGUAUACAUAAAGGUUCACAUUUGUUUAUCCAAAUAAAACCAUUGUACAGUAGCCCUAUAUCUGUACUCAGUUCAGACACCGGAUGACACAGCCGCUAAUAAUGGCUCUCAGAGGAUGAGACCAGAAUGCUUUGACCUACACUUCAAUAUCAAUAUCUACCAGAGUCAGGAUCUCUCUGUAUGAUUGUCUGGUGGGUAUGUCAUCUGUUUUCAAUAACACUCUUGCAUUUCUUAUCUAAUGACUGGAUAAACAUUUAAUCUGUCCUAUUUUGAAUAUUCAUGUGUUGUUCUUCUUGGUUUGAUGGUUUUUAUCAAGUGUGUCUCCCUGGCAUGCUUGAGAUGGAUGAUGUCAGCAUCAGCUAAACUCCACUGCUUAUUCAUUGUUGCCCUAGGAGUGUUCAUUGAAUUAUUAUACUUUUUUUGCCCUUGCCUUGUAUCCUAGCAACAGUGUGAUGAUUGCAGCUAAAAGUUAGCGGAUGUUUUCUAAUUGGGGUUUUUUUUUUUGUCCUGUAACGGGAUGAUCCCUCCCCUAAAUUGUCACGAGGCAUUGACAAUUCUGAUAAAUAAAAUGUUUUUUUUGUGACUCUUUUA